UUGGCCGGCGACGAGGACGGAGCGCUGAGCGCAGGGGUGGCUGAGGGCGCCGAGGACUGCGGGCCGGAGCGCCGGGCGACGGCCCCAGCGAUGGCCCCAGCGCCGCCGCUGGGCGCGGAGGUCGGACCGCUGCGGAAAGCGAAGAGCUCCCGGCGGAACGCGUGGGGGAACCUGUCCUACGCCGACCUCAUCACCAAAGCCAUCGAGAGCGCCCCGGACAAGCGGCUCACGCUCUCGCAGAUCUACGACUGGAUGGUCCGUUAUGUGCCCUACUUCAAGGAUAAAGGCGACAGCAACAGCUCGGCCGGCUGGAAGAACUCCAUCAGACACAACCUGUCGCUGCACACCCGUUUCAUCCGCGUGCAGAACGAGGGCACAGGCAAGAGUUCCUGGUGGAUGCUGAACCCUGAGGGCGGAAAGACAGGCAAGACCCCGCGGCGCAGGGCAGUGUCCAUGGACAACGGGGCCAAGUUUCUUCCCAUCAAGGGCAAGGCCAGCAAGAAGAAGCAGCUGCAGGCCCCCGAGCGAAGUCCCGACGACAGCCCCCCGGGCGUGCCUGCCCCAGGGCCCUUGCCUGCCGCGGCCAAGUGGGCCGCCAGCCCGGCCUCGCACGCCAGCGACGACUACGAGGCGUGGGCCGACUUCCGCGGCGGCGGGAGACCCCUGCUCGGCGAGGCGGCCGAGUUAGAAGACGACGAGGCCCUGGAGGCCCUGGCGCCGUCGUCGCCGCUUAUGUACCCGAGCCCCGCGAGCGCGCUAUACCCGGCCGCCGCCGCCGGGCCGCUGGGUGCCGCGCCCGACCGCUUCCCGGCCGACCUGGACCUCGACAUGUUCAGCGGGAGCCUCGAGUGCGACGUCGAGUCCAUCAUCCUCAACGACUUCAUGGACAGCGACGAAAUGGACUUCAACUUCGACUCGGCCCUGCCUCCGCCGCCGCCCGGACUAGCCGGGGCCCCGCCCCCCAACCAGAGCUGGGUGCCGGGCUGAAGGCCUCCUCCGGCACCCCAGGUGCCCCUGUCCCGUCCCCCAGGGGCCUCUGUCUUCCUGUCCCGAUCCCCGGGUCCCCAUUCCCGAUUCCAGCUCCACGAGAGGGUCCAGGAGGCAGCCCCAGCCCUGCUACAGACAUCCCUCAGGCGCUGACCGCUGAGGGAAGGAGGAGGGAGGGGCUGGGGCACCCCACCAUUCCUGCCUAAACUCCUGAGACCCGCUGCCUCUCUCCCUGGGGCAGGAAGCCUGGGAGACGAGGCAGAAUUCCGGGCUUGGUGGGAGUGAGCGGGAGCGAGGUGGGCCGCCUGGUGUGGAUGCUGGUCGGGGAAGCCAUUGAGGAGAUGGCUUCGGUUUACCUUGUGGAGCCCUCGCCGUGAUGCACAGUUUGUCCCAAACUCCUAUCAGACUCCCAAAUGACACUCCCACUGGUCUUAGCCUCACUCACCCCAAGCCAGCAACGCUCUCCUGAAAACCCACUCACACCUACCUACUGGCCAUUCACUCUGAGCAGUCCACUUGCAGCCUAACCCACCCUCCGACGACCCCUUCCCCCACGGUGCAGCCCCUCUCCCCCGUCCUUGCCGGCCCUAGCUUCUCCCCUCCCCCCUCGGGGUCAACCCCUCUUUACUGGUCUCAGCCUCUCCAGCGGGCCUCAGCUCCGGAUUCACCCCCAGUCCGACACCCCUCUCUCGAGCCAGUCCUGGUCCCUGUCUCCCAUAUUUAUAAGUGUCCGGUCGGGGCGGGCGGUGGGCGCGGCGUCCCCGGCGCGUAUCGUAGGCAGUGUACCGUGGCCGUGCCGUCAGCGUGUGCGUGUGCGUGUGUGCCGUGUCAAGGCCGUGUAGAGUGCAUUGUACAGCAUAUUUUCAUGAAUAAAAUUGUUUUAAAUAUUU